GACGCUUUAGUGGCCCCGCCCUCCCGCUGGCUCGUCAUCACUGUACGGAACUGAACUGUCUUCAUUAGAGAAAAUUACAUAUUUGUAAAUUUGACAUAUAUAAACAACGACUUAAACAGUGAAUAGAGCUCAUCUGUGAAAUUGACUUUAAAAGCCAUCGCCCUUGUUUUGUUAUUCAUUUGAAAGAAGUGAUCAAUCCAGUGCAGCAGGUGAAUCGUUAACUGGGCACUAUAUAUAAAUAAUUACACCUGAUGCCCGUCUGCGCUCACUGCAUCCUGCUCCACUGACCCACAAUGAAGGCUCUGAUUCUGGUUGGCGGCUAUGGCACAAGAUUACGGCCACUCACGCUCACUGUGCCCAAACCUCUGGUUGAAUUCUGCAACAAGCCCAUCCUGUUGCAUCAGGUGGAAGCUCUGGUCAAGGCUGGAGUCCGUCAUGUGAUUUUGGCUGUGAGCUACAUGUCUGAGCUGUUGGAGCGAGAGAUGAGAGCUCAGGAGCAGAGGCUUGGAAUAAAAAUCUCCCUUUCACAUGAGAAGGAACCUCUAGGCACCGCUGGUCCUUUGGCUUUGGCACGAGAGUUUCUGACCGAUAACGAAGAGCCUUUCUUCGUUCUCAACAGUGACGUCAUCUGCGAUUUUCCCUUCAACGAUAUGCUGAGGUUUCACCAGCAGCAUGGCAGAGAGGGCACUAUUGUCGUGACAAAAGUGGAAGAGCCAUCUAAGUAUGGUGUGGUUGUGUAUGAAGGAGACACUGGACGAAUACACCGCUUUGUGGAGAAGCCACAAGUGUUUGUUUCCAACAAAAUCAAUGCUGGGAUGUACAUCUUUAGCCCUGCCAUGCUGAGAAGAAUCCAGUUGCGACCCACGUCCAUUGAGAAGGAAAUAUUUCCUGUCAUGGCAGAGGAGGGACACCUUUAUGCUCUAGAGCUGCAAGGUUUCUGGAUGGACAUCGGCCAGCCCAAAGACUUCCUGACAGGCAUGUGCAUGUACCUGCAGUCUGUCCGGCAGCAGGCCCCUGAGAGACUCCGCACCGGGCCAGGCUUCCUCGGAAAUGUUCUCGUGGACUCAACGGCAGUGAUUGGUGAAAACUGUACCAUCGGGCCCAAUGUGACAAUCGGGGCCGGAGUGGUUCUGGAGGAUGGUGUGAGAGUAAAGCGCUGUACCAUCCUGAAGGGGGCGCACAUACGCUCCCAUUCAUGGCUGGAGUCCUGCAUUGUGGGAUGGAGCUCAUCAGUGGGGCAGUGGGUGAGCUUCAUUGUCCAAAGAGCACUACCUUUUCAUGUGCGGAUGGAGAAUGUUACGGUUCUGGGUGAAGAUGUAAUCGUGAACGAUGAACUCUACAUCAACGGUGCCAAUGUCCUGCCGCAUAAAUCUAUCACAGACUCUGUUCCUGAGCCGCGAAUCAUCAUGUGAAGGACCCUUCAUGCCCCUCACGAAGUGCCCAAGUAUGCAACCACUGGAUGACAGGAGAAUCAACUGUGCUUGAUGAGUGUUAUUUGUGAAGAAUUGGAAGUAUGCAGUCACUGACUGGUGUUUUUGAAAGUGCUGCCCCAAGAAAUAAAAUCACAUCUGUAAUAGAUGAUCUCCAGCUGACAUUUCUGACCUGUCAAGUGCUGCUUUUAUUUCCCUGUCUGCAUUGUGUUCCCUAUUACUAACAAUUAGACCAGGACUCACCUUGCUUUUGUGCAUUUUGUUGAUUUUGAGACACUAAUAGGCUGUCUAGUUUGUAUCCUUUUCAUUGUUUUUCUGUUUAUAAACAGAGACAUGUAAUUCUUUCAGGAUAAAACUUGGUGCCUGUAGAAAGAAUGAGAAGUAUGUUUAUGUAUCAGAUGAUGCAAUGGCUGAUCACUGUAAAGACUGUUCACACCUAAAACUUGUAGUGUUGUGCUAAAUUAUGCAAGCCGUUUUUUUUAUUCAUCGCUCAAGGUCAUGCAGAAAUGUCAUGGUUACUUCCUGUGCAGAUGAACAAAAGAAGGAAAAAAAUACAUUCAAGUACACAAAUGAGGA